GGCAGAAGCCGUGAGCAGGGUAGCAGCACGGACCGGAGAGCCGCCACCGCAGCUGGGACUCUCGAGACACCUUAAGAAUUCACAUCAGGUCAGAUGAGGGCCGAGAAUUCCCAGGAAGGAGGGAGGAAGGAGCCCUGCACAGGCGGCUUGACACAUGGGCCCCACUCCUGCCUCCAGCUCUGACUCACCUCUGACGCUGGGGGAGGAGAAAAGCUGCUUGGUAUUUUUGGCUUUCCCCCAUAAAACGGGAGACAGUUGGCUUCAUUCGAGUCUUCUCAGCAUCCUUGUGGAGCGCCGCUGAGCCGAGUUCUCCUCGGAAAUCUUUGCUACUGACUGACUGCAGAUCUGAUUUGUAUACACUGUAACCACUGUUUACCCAAGGCUGUCAGAAUCCAGACCAAGGGCUCCAGCUCACGGGACUCCUCAGCACGAAGAAGGCUACAGUCUUGAAUCCCUGGUGGAGGACGGACUCUACCAUUCUCUGGUCUUGCCCCUGAUGAUGAAAGUGUGACUGCUGGCUUCUUCAUGAGCUCCAGAGGUCACAGCACGCUCCCACGGACUCUCAUGGCUCCUCGGAUGAUUUCCGAGGGAGACAUAGGAGGCAUUGCUCAGAUCACCUCCUCUCUCUUCUUGGGCAGAGGCAGUGUGGCCUCCAACCGGCACCUCCUCCAGGCCCGGGGUAUCACCUGCAUCGUGAAUGCUACCAUUGAGAUCCCCAACUUCAACUGGCCCCAGUUUGAAUAUGUUAAAGUGCCUCUGGCUGACAUUCCUCAUGCCCCCAUUAGACUGUACUUUGACAUGGUGGCCGACAAGAUCCACAGUGUGAGCAAGAAGCAUGGGGCUACCUUGGUGCACUGUGCUGCAGGAGUGAGCCGUUCGGCCACCCUCUGUAUUGCGUACCUGAUGAAAUUCCACAAUGUGUGCCUGUUGGAGGCAUACAACUGGGUGAAAGCCCGAAGGCCUGUCAUCAGGCCCAACGUGGGCUUCUGGAGGCAGCUGAUAGACUACGAAAGCCAGCUCUUUGGGAAGUCGACGGUUAAGAUGGUACAGACACCCUAUGGUGUCAUUCCAGACGUUUACGAGAAGGAGUCCCGACACCUGAUGCCUUACUGGGGGAUUUAGUGCUGCCACAGCUGGCAUCCACAGCCCCUCAGCAGUACCAGCAUCUGCCACACACAGUCUUCUCCCCUCUGCCUCUCUCUGGUUCUCCCGAGAGUGUUUCUACACUGGUGUUCAGGUUUAAGAGACAGGGAGGGGAAAUACAUACAUUGCUAGUAACGUUUUUUUAAAACUAGCAUUUUGAAAUAGCAAACAUGAAAAUCUUUAACUGGCCUUUACUCAUUUAUAACAGCAUAGGAUACUGUUCCUGCUUUCUUUCUGUCUCCCAAGCCUUUUGGAGUCUUGGCAGGUGCAGGAGUUCAUUGCAAAGAUCACUUAGGGCCCUGAUUAACCCUCUAGAGACCAGCUUUGCCCAUGGCUGCCAGCUAGACUGAUGUUUAGGGGAUACCAAGGCCAGCUCAGUCUCUAUUGGAUUAGCAUGGUCUUUUCUUUUCCUCUGUUAUUUAGCAAUUCUAUAAGUUAACCAUUGUUAUUUAGUUGAUAAGUAAUUAUGAUGAAAUCUGUUGCAAAGACCCUCUUGAAAUCUGUGCCCUGGGAUUAUUUUAGCAUUAUUUUUAAUAAACCUGUCUGCUUAACAUAA